GGCAGGUCGGGCACCCAAGGUUUUAAAAAGAAGAGGUGUAGGCUUAGGGACCUCACUUGUUCCUGGGCGGGACAGGGCAAGGCGGGCGUUCCUUUUCCUUUCUGUGUCUCUUGCCUGGCGCCAGUCACUUUGGCCCAGGGUUGUGUCUUUAGGAAUCGAAGUAUCGUCGAAGCGAGAGCAAACAAAGGUAGCUGAUCGCCCGCCACGCCGCGCAGAAGCCACCCACCACCAUGGAGGACGGACACUGUUACGAGUUCGAGGAGGUCCUCUCCAAGUUCGCCGUCAAGCAGGACGUCGGCCUCAGCGACGCCCAGGUCAAGGAGAACCAGGAGAAGUACGGCCCCAACGAACUGCCAGCAGAAGAGGGCAAGUCUCUCCUGCAGCUGAUCUUGGAGCAGUUCGAUGACCUGCUUGUGAAGAUCCUGCUGUUGGCUGCCAUCAUCUCCUUCGUGUUGGCUUGCUUCGAGGAGGGCGAAGAGACCGUGACGGCCUUCGUGGAGCCCUUCGUCAUCCUUCUCAUCCUGAUCGCUAACGCCAUCGUCGGCGUGUGGCAGGAGCGCAAUGCCGAGUCCGCCAUCGAGGCCCUGAAGGAGUACGAGCCUGAGAUGGGCAAGGUCGUGCGCGCGAACAAGGCCGGCGUGCAGAAGAUCCGCGCCAAGGGCAUUGUUCCCGGGGACAUCGUCGAAAUCUCGGUUGGAGACAAGAUCCCCGCCGACUUGCGUCUGUGCAAGAUCUUCUCAACGACCCUGCGUAUUGACCAGUCCAUUCUCACUGGAGAGUCUGUGUCUGUCAUCAAGCACACUGACCCCAUCCCUGACCCCAAGGCCGUCAACCAGGACAAGAAAAAUAUUCUCUUCUCUGGCACAAAUGUUGCCGCUGGCAAGGCCCGUGGUGUUGUCGUUGGCACUGGACUUAACACUGCUAUUGGUAAGAUCCGUACCCAGAUGGCAGAGACUGAGGAGAUCAAGACUCCCCUGCAGCAGAAGCUUGAUGAGUUCGGUGAGCAGCUGUCCAAGGUCAUCUCCAUUAUCUGCGUUGCUGUCUGGGCCAUCAACAUUGGACACUUCAAUGACCCUGCUCAUGGUGGUUCUUGGAUCAAGGGUGCUAUCUACUACUUCAAGAUUGCCGUUGCCCUGGCCGUAGCUGCCAUCCCUGAGGGUCUCCCUGCUGUCAUCACCACUUGCCUUGCCCUUGGUACUCGCCGUAUGGCCAAGAAGAAUGCUAUUGUGAGGUCUUUGCCUUCUGUUGAGACUCUUGGUUGUACCUCUGUUAUCUGCUCAGACAAGACUGGCACACUCACCACCAACCAGAUGUCUGUCUCUCGCAUGUUCAUUAUGGAUAAGGUUGAGGGUAAUGACUGCUCUCUUCUGGAAUUCGAGAUCACUGGCUCCACUUACGAGCCCAUUGGUGACAUUUACCUUGGCGGUGCUAAGGUGAAGGGUGCUGACUUUGAGGGUCUGCAGGAACUCGCCACUGUUUCCUUCAUGUGCAAUGAUUCUUCUAUUGAUUUCAAUGAGUUCAAGAAUAUGUUUGAAAAGGUCGGUGAAGCCACUGAGACUGCCCUGAUUGUGCUGGGUGAGAAGAUCAACCCAUACAGCCAGUCUAAGGUUGGUUUGGAUCGUCGCUCUGCUGCCAUUGUUGCCAAGCAAGACAUGGAGACCAAGUGGAAGAAAGAAUUUACCUUGGAAUUCUCCCGUGACCGCAAAUCCAUGUCCUCCUACUGCGUGCCCCUCAAGCCUACUCGCCUGGGAACUGGACCCAAGAUGUUCUGCAAGGGUGCACCUGAAGGUGUUCUUGAACGUUGCACUCACGUCCGUGUUGGUACCCAGAAGGUUCCCCUCACUGCUGGAGUGAGAGACAAGAUCUUGGCAGUUACCCGUGACUAUGGCUGUGGUCGUGACACUCUCCGUUGCUUGGGUCUUGCCACUAUUGACACCCCAAUGAAGCCUGAGGAUAUGGAUCUCGGUGACUCCACCAAGUUCUACACCUAUGAAGUCAACAUGACUUUCAUUGGUGUUGUUGGUAUGCUUGACCCACCCCGCAAGGAAGUGCGUGAUUCCAUUGAGAAGUGUCGUGAGGCUGGUAUCCGUGUCAUUGUCAUCACUGGAGACAACAAGGCCACUGCUGAGGCUAUCUGCCGCCGUAUUGGUGUGUUUGGUGAAAAUGAGGAAACUGCUGGCAAGUCAUACUCUGGUCGUGAAUUUGAUGAGCUCAGCGUUGCAGAACAGAGACUUGCUUGCAUCAAUUCACGUCUCUUCUCCCGUGUCGAGCCUUUCCACAAAUCCAAGAUUGUUGAAUACCUGCAGGGAGAGGGUGAGAUCUCUGCCAUGACUGGUGAUGGUGUGAAUGAUGCCCCUGCUCUGAAGAAGGCUGAGAUUGGUAUUGCCAUGGGUUCAGGCACUGCUGUAGCCAAGUCUGCUUCUGAGAUGGUGCUUGCUGAUGAUAACUUCUCGUCCAUUGUGGCUGCUGUUGAGGAAGGCCGUGCCAUCUACAACAACAUGAAGCAGUUCAUCCGUUACCUCAUUUCCUCCAACAUUGGUGAAGUGGUGUCCAUCUUCUUGACUGCUGCUCUUGGUCUCCCUGAAGCUCUCAUUCCUGUCCAGCUCUUGUGGGUCAACCUGGUUACUGAUGGUCUGCCCGCCACUGCUCUGGGCUUCAACCCCCCUGACCUUGACAUCAUGGAGAAGCCCCCACGCAAAGCUGACGAGUCUCUUAUCUCUGGCUGGCUCUUCUUCCGUUACAUGGCUAUUGGUGGCUAUGUUGGCUGUGCCACUGUCUUUGCUGCCUCCUGGUGGUUCAUGUAUGACCCCACUGGCCCUCAGCUCAACUACUACCAGCUGUCCCACCAUCUGUCCUGCUUGGGUGAUGACAAGAACUUCGAAGGUCUGGAUUGCAACAUCUUCAGCCACCCAGCCCCCAUGACCAUGGCUCUUUCCGUGCUUGUCACCAUUGAGAUGCUCAACGCUCUUAACAGCUUGUCAGAGAACCAGUCACUCAUCGUGAUGCCCCCCUGGGUCAACAUCUGGCUGCUGGCGGCUAUGGCCCUCUCCAUGACCCUGCAUUUCAUCAUCUUGUACAUUGAUAUCCUUAGUACUGUGUUCCAGGUGAUGCCCCUCACAACUGCACAGUGGAUGGCUGUAUUGAAGAUAUCCCUCCCUGUGGUGCUGCUGGAUGAGACCCUCAAGUUCGUUGCUCGCAAGUACACUGAUGUGUCUCCUGCUGUGUCCAAGUAAGAAAGAAUCUCCAGCAAGAAGCAUAUCACGGCCGUCACAUGGAAACCGAUGGCACCUGACUCGACUACUACUACAAUAGUUCUAGAAUUUCAUUUUCUUUACUUUUUAUUGUCUUCUAACUCUAACUCUAAUUUAUUCUUUUUCUUUUUUUUCUUUCAGUAGAUGUAGAUAUUUACUUGGUAGUAGUAAUAGCAGCAACUAGUCACCUAACCCUGUUUUUUUCUCUUCUUGAUGAGUCACUAAUAUACUGUGGCUGUUCAUUACAGUACCUGGCAAGAUUGAGCAAAAAUGGUAAAAUCAAGAGGUACCAUCUACUCCAGCUUUUCCAAUGUCCUCACAGCCAGUAGCCUUAGCUGUAUUAACCUACAAGCCGUCAGUGCCAUGCCUGUGAUGAGCCCAGCACCACCCCGCCAUGGCCACUGUAUCUAGGGGUGCUAGUCAGCAGCUUAGAGGAACUUUCCAUCUCCAUUGCUGAUGUCCAGAAUUCCUAAGGAACAGUAGCCAUGGGCAUUGGAGGGGCAGAAGCAGACGGUGGUGGUGUGCGAGGUCCUUCACCUCCAACAGAGAUCUCAGCCUCCCCCUGCUGUGCCUUGGCACUCUUUGUCCAUAAGAAUCUGCACAUCAGUAUUACUACACCAUGCAGGGGGGGUUCACCCAUUGGCCCACCACCUUGCCAACAUUCUCCAUCCAAUGGAUGACAUAUAGAGGAUGAAUAUGUACAUUUACUUAUGUUGUAAUUUGAUUUAGAAAAACUAGAAUAUUUUGAUUCCCUUGUUGAAAUAAACUGUUAGCUAACUGCUCUUGGGCAAACAUUGCCAAAAGUCACACUAAGUGUGUUGUGUCCUGUGUCUGUGCUCAUGUCAAACUGCCCAACAGAGAGCAAUGUACGACCAUACAAACAUCCACUUGUUUCUGUGCAAAGAUGUGGUACAGUUUUGUACCUCAUUUUGUACAUGCCACUCAUUUAUUGUUGAUGAUAGAAUAAAUAAUAAAAAAAGACCUCAC